ACGAGCGAGCAGCAGCAAGGACUCUUCAAUUCUGGAUCAGUUAUUCAAUCAAACUGAGCUGUUUUUCCUCGUUUUUCCUUUUUCUGCCCUCACCCACACCUUUUUCCGGGCCAAAGCUAGUGCGUGUUUCGCUGUGUGUGAUUCUAAGGACUUUUCCAGACUUUCCGUCCUGUGCGAGCGAGAUCGCCAAAAAAAAGAGCAGUUGUUCUAGCAGCAGGAGGCAGUUGAUGAACAAUAGAGACUUCCGGUGACUGUUUCCAGCAGGAGCAGUGCCGUUCGUGGAGUAUUCCUUAACAGUGAUGUGUGCAAGAAGACACCGAGUGUGAUGUGACGCCUACCGGAAUCUAGUAUCACAAAGAAGACCUCUUUCCUCUUUUGACGACUAAGUCAGUCUGUCUGUGUGCGUGUUAAUUCGUGUGGAAAACACGAGGAAGAAUAAGAAAUAAGCAAAAAGCUUUGAUGGUUCCCGUUGUUAUCGUUCGUCGUCCUGGCCGUCAUCGUCGUCGUGUGUGUGUGCAGUAGAAUUGUUGUUGUUAUUGCCGUAUAAUAGCUGUAUAUGUUGUGAAAUGAUGAGUGUUCUGUGCAGAGAAGCCACUCUGUAGAUCCAAGUUAGUAGUGCAGAAGAAUAGUGUCGUCAAUAUCGCAAGUUGUUACUCAAACAAGCUGAACAAGCCGUCCGUGUCUAUCGCUGUUGUUCCAGAGCUUUCCAAGCUGAAUUGUGCCCCUGCUAGGUGGAUACGCGCUUCUAGUAGAAUCUCUGUGAAUUACUGAUACUGUGUCUAUGCUUGUAAUAACAACACACAAUCUAUACAUCUAUAGUGCUGUAUGUGCUCGAUUAAGUAUUACCUAACCUGCAACAGUCUGUACGAGUGUGUCCUAGGAAUUGCAUAAAAGAACAAGAAGAAGAGGAAGAAGGAAGAACCCAACCGACUUCAACAACACUACUCAACAAAAGGAUACACAAAUUGCAGACCGAGAGGAGAGGAGUUUUCCGCAAGAAGAGAUAAACAACGUCGACGACUAACGGCCAACAAAAGCUUGCCAGGAAGCGGUGUAGAAAAAAAACACGAGGAUUAAGUGAAUGUGAAGGGAAGGAAGGAGCAAGGAAAAAUUAUAUACAACAACAAAAGGGGUGGAAAGAGUGAGAGGGGGUAUAAACCAAGAAGAAGAAAAAUAAGAAGAACAGUGUUUUGUGGAGUAAAAAAAGAAGAAAAAGACAAGUGCUCGGAAUAGUGCAAGGAUAAUAACCAAACCAAGCUGCAUUCAAUUGUUGUUAAAAAGGGGGAGAGCUUUUUAUUUCGUUCUUUGAAAGGAAGAAGAGAACAAAAACCAAGCUGCGGUGGGUUGUGUGUGGUGAAGAACGAGCAGCUGUGUGAAUUGAUAGGAUAACUUAUAAUAAACCAGAAAGCGAAGACUAGCAAAGUGAUAUAAAUCCAGCCCCGCUGUUCGAGUGGCAAUUUAUUCCAUGAUUGGUAAAAAAACAACGGCUCAUCGAAUUGAACCUGAAAAUCAACAUAAUUAUAAAAAAAUGCACCUACCAGUGAAACAACAACAGUGAAUUAAUUGUUAAAGCCAUCGAUCAGUGCGCGUAAUUGUUAUUUUGUGACAAAGAGAGAGUACUCGUCACAACCAACAAAAAAAGCAGAGAAGAGUGGAAAAUUUAAAACAAAUAAAUAAAUAAAUAAAAAAUACCGCGUCAGUGUGGGUGUGUGAGUGCGUUUGCGGAAAAGUGUCAACCACGUGAACACGACCUCCAAACGGCAGCGCGUGACACGUGUACCUCGUGGUCGUCGGCGGGCCAUAAAACGUGAAACGAAGUAGGUAGUAGCAGUGGCAGCAACCAACCCACUGGAUUAAAGUGUUUCGGGGGUGGUGGGGAUAAAUUUUCCGGCGCCAGCGACCGGAUCAUCGACAAGGAAGAAGGAAGAAGGAGGGGGUAGUUGUCGUACUGAUUGUGAAUCAGCCACCACGUGGCGCGGUGGGGAAAUUAAUAGCGGCAGCUGUGCGAAGAAUAAGUGCGUGGGUGGAUGGUGAAUAAAAAUAAUUAAAAUUUAUGCCACCGUUAAUGGCGAAAAUAUAACCGGUGGAAAGCACACAGAAUGGGCUGCAAAAUUAAUUCAUCCUCCAGGUGGUGGUGGUGGAACUGCUGCCGGUGAAUGAAGUUAACCCCGGUGAAAAUUCUCACUCUUGGCAAAGCGUGGAAGAGGGUGGAAAAUUCCGCAAGUAAAUCGAAUUAAUGGUCUGCGAAGAAAAGCGUCCAAGCCGAGUGUCGAGUCAAGUCCUGGAAAACAAGGACACCAGAGUGAGUGAGUGAAAGAGGAGAAAAGUCACAGAGUGACAAAGUGACGUUUUGCGUGGGGAAAACCCCCGAGGAAAAUUCAGCUCGAGGAGAAGCAGACACCAUCUUGACUGGUGUUGUUGGGGGUUGAGCCGGAGAUAAGCAGAAAGGAGGAGCAGUUCAUCGUGAAGCUGUGAAAAAAAUAAACUUAAGAAAGCAGCUAACAGCCUUCGUCGCCACAUCGAGCCACCAACCAUGCCGCAGCCAUCGUCCCCGGAACAUCCGCAAAACCCCCAUUCCCCAACCGUCCCACUCCAGUCCUCACACUCCUAGUCGUCCCGAGAUUCCUUACCAAGAACGCCAUGAUCCGCACAACCCGCGAACAUUUUUCUUCUCACGCCGGAAAUCGACGCAGGAAGAGCGCGUCACCGCGCCAAAUCGAUUGACGCGGGUCACGUGACCAUGUAAGCCACUAUCACCAAGAUCACACACACGUGGGACACGCCAGAGGUUCAUACAGUCACAGACAAACAAAACAAACAAUCGCAGAGAGAAAUCAAUAGGAAACGCAUACGCUUAAACUAGUGUGGGUAUUCGGUUAUUUUUGUAAGGAGGGUUAACGAAUUACGUUACAUUUUAUAUAAGGUUGUAUUUGUGAGAGAUAUUUUAAGAGCCCUGGCGGCGUUGCGUCCAGGAGGUUAGUCCAGAAACAAAAGUGAAUAUUUUUGUACCGUUUAAUCGUUGUGAUUGUAGCAGGAGAUACGCAAACACACAAGUAUUAUUGUUAGAGUCUCAUCCCUCUGUAUUUGUAUCUCUCUCUGUAUGUGUUAGUUGACCGUACGCGCAAUAUAAUCCCAUAAGUGUCUUAAGUAAGUUACACACACACAGACAGUUUUUGCCCCCCGCACAAUUCAAACAAAAGUGACGUUGAUAAUCAAUAGAGUGUGUGUGUGUGUGAGAGAGAGAGAGAGGUUAGGAAUCGUGUAGGUUAGGUUCGUGACUUGAAUUUAAAAAUUCAUCGGGCUCAUUUUGUCAUUCAUAAAGAGGCUCCCUGCUGGAGAAUGAGCAAAACAGCAACAACAACAACCAUAGUAAUCAGACAAUACUCAUGAAUAAGUUAGAGUGCAACUAGUUGCUAGUUGUUAGUAUUAGUGUGGGUGUGGGUGUGUGCGAGAGUGAGACGGCACGAGACCAGCUUGUUAACGAGUUAUUGAUUUUUCGUUGCUCGAAGCUUGGCCCAGGCUCUAAUAGGAUGAGUGUUCCGACAAAGGCUGAUGAGAUCCGGUCCAGCAACGCUAGAACUAAUGAGAUUUGCCAGAGCUGAUGGGUUACCGCCCCGUUCCCUGGAGGGAGACUAGAAAUUAGUUAGCUUAGUGUUGGUCCCCGCACUCUCUGGUGAUCCUGCCGUAUACAAAGUUAGACUUGAGCAAACUUUUUGGAAAUAUUUUUAUCUUCCAGCGCUUAACACCAGUGUCCCAGAACCAGUUGGGGGCACGUAAUCCUCGACUAGAUGAGCUAGUGGCCAGCUGGAAUUGAAUCAGUUUUGUUUACGUUGAUGAGAUGUAUCGAUCCGUUGCAAAAGUACACAUUGUAUACCUGUUUUCUCAGUUAAGGUUUUGAUACGAAACGAGAGUUAACGAUUUUGAGUUUUUUGCUCUGUUUAUGCUCGGUAAUCAACGAUCAGCUGUUAAAUCUGUCCAACCAGCAAAGGAACUUGUUAAAAGCAACAAAGAAACGUUUCACGAAACACCCAGAGAGCAUUAUUGAACGACGAGUAGUUUUUGUAUUUGUUUACAUACCGAAUCGAGAGUCCCUAGGAGUUUAUUGAACGAGAGAACGCUGGAAUUGCAUUCGAUUUUUCUGCGAUUUUGUAACGUUUUAUACACUGGCGCAGCUACCGAAAUACCAAAAUUUAUAUUCACUAGAGAGAAGCAGAACAUAAUGCUGCAUGAAUGUUAGGCGAAAGUGGCGUUUCACGCUUGAAGGUGUUACUUUUCUAGGGAGCUUUAAAUGUCUGUAACUACUACUGUUAGGAAAGAAAUCACACACACACUUACACACAAACACACGUUGAUACCGAUACUAACACAUUUAUCAAGUACUGCAACAAACCCACACGAAAACGGAAGAUCUUAAUUUUUAGGAGAAACUAACCAAAACAAAAAAACGCUAGACUCUAUCGUUAUUAUCUAACUAGAAGAACUGUGUACACUAAGCGCCCUUUUGAUAACUGUCUACAAGCUGUUUAGUAGGAGAAGAACAAUGUUCGACCUUUAUGUGCGCGCCUACGAAUGAAUCCCUGAGUCCCCUCCCUCCCCUCUUAACCACGAGUACAUCCUUCGCAUAACUGUGGCUUGAUCGAACAACAACAACUAGAUGUUACGUAGCACUAAUCUAAACUAAGGAAUCUACUGGCGAAACAACAGCAACAACAACAACAUCAGUCUCUCUCUUUCUUCGAACUGACUUAAUCGACUCAAACUCACACACACACACACAUACCAAAAAGACUAAGCGCGACAAGCACAAUCUACCACCACCACCACCAACGCAAGCGCCAAGAUGUAUGCAGCAGCCGGCGGUGCCUCGCUGGCUUCCCGGCAGGCCCGCAAGAAGCAGGCGGCCCAGAACAACAAGAACAAAGCCUCCAACCAGCAGAUCCUGCGGGAGAAGCUCGCGGCCAAGGCUGCCACCACACCGACCAAGAGCAAACAGUUCCACCAGCUGCCGGCGUCGUACCUGAAGGCACCCCACCAACACCACCGGAAGCUGAGCGCCGGCUACACGACCGUGCCCGGCUACGACCAGCACCAAAAGUCGCUCCUCCCGAUCAGCGAGCAGUCGUCGUCGUCCGGCCAUGGCCAUCACCACCACCAUCCGCAUCAUCCCAUCUCGGGUCACACCCCCGGCCAGGCUCCCAAUGCACAUCCGACCUACAAGCCGACCGGCUUCCGCGAGUACGACAAACUGGUAAGGCGUCAACAGCUGACGCGAUCCGCUACCGCUACCCUGCCGCUGGCCUCGCAUGCCCACGAUGGGUCACCGCCGCAAACGCCUACCUUUUUCUGCCCGGAACAUCACCACCACCACCAUCACCACCAACAGCUGCAGCAGCAGCAACAACAACAACCCCAGCAGCAAUUCUCACAACCCUUGCACCUGCAAAUCCCCAACGAUCCGAUCAUCAUCACUCCAGCCACCCCGCAAGCCACACCCCCCGGCAAGCUUAGCCUGCCGCUGCAGCACACGACCGCCGACGCUGACGGUGGCCUGGGUCGACCCCUAACGCCGUCCCCGGGACUGCUCGAGCGCAAGUGCAGCGUCUACCGGAACCGCAAGCUGGACGACGUCUGCGACGAACGCUGCUACGCCAACUACACGACAAUAAACAACCACCAGGCCCAGAACCAACAUCCGGACGAUGUGUACUUUGGGCCCGGGUUCCCAAACGGAACGGACGGACAGCAGCAGCAGGGGUACGUGUGCAAGUGGGACACCGAGUACUACUGCUGCGACGCCGAGCACCGACAGCUGGGGGUCUGUACCUGUGAUCACUCCGAGUGUGCCCAGGGUCGUGCCGCAUGGCUGGAACGCGGUAGACGAUGCAGCGUGCAAGAAACACCCGCCUCCUGCCAUCGACGAUGGGUCAAACGAAAUCGGAUACAAGACUCAUCGUUGGGUGGCUCCUCGGACGAUGAAGACUUACUCGGUGUGCUGCGAGGCCCCAGUUCAUUCGCCAAUGCCUUCCUUUACGUAGGUUUAGGUACGAUAGCAAUUGGAUUAGUAAUAGCGUUCGUCGGUACCGGCGAGAAAGGAUUCAAAACAGUUGAACUAAGACUAAUCGGACCGUCGUUAAUCGGUCUCGGCUUAUUUUGUUGUAUAUUGCGUAUCCUGUUUUGUAUAUGUCCGUCACACUGUGUAUCAUCUAGUCGUAGAGCGCGGAACAAGAAAAACGCCAAGAUAGACGCCGAUCACCGGACUUCCCUGUUGCGCGGCGACAGCAAACGAGUAUCGAUAGCACGCGGACCUCACAUACCGACUAAACAACCGCAAAUCUACCCCAAGUCGAUAGUGAAAACCAAAACGUACGAAGGCGUGGAAGCACUCCGGCAGAUUGCCACCACUUCGCUGUUUCUUCAGAACGAGCAGAAAGUUUCAUCGAAUCGCAUCGUGCCCAUCAUCAAGGAGCCGGAAAAAGUAGAGGAACCACCUUUAGAGCUCAAGAAGAUCGACCCCCUCAAGGCUGAUACGCUUAGUGUGAUAGACAUCGUUAGUAUAUCCGACGGUGAGGACGACGAUGAUGACGAUGGAGACGACGCACGCAGCCACCGGCACCGUCCUCAUCAGCAGCAGACGCAGCCGUAUUCCGACACUCAGGUGAUAGAUCUUACAGGUGAAGACGAACAAUCACAUUCCGCGGGGUCGCACCACCAGCGGAAGGACAGCAAACUGCGGCGGCAGCGGACCUCGUUGAAUCAGUCCCAGAAGCCGAACGGAACGACGGACUCUUCUUCGUCGUCGCUGUCUCCCGGUGGCCCAGCCAGUCCGGGUCUGCUGAUGGAGACUUCGUUGAUGAUCAUCGGGGCCACGCCGGUCAGCUCGCCGACCAAACCGCCGCAACAAUCAAGUACCCUCACGGUCCCCAUGGGAAAUGCGGCCACGAGUUCCCUGCCUGGCGGGCUGACCCCGUCGUCCAAGUCCGCCUUCGGAGCGACAUCCGUUGCUCCCAGCAUACACAACAACGGGACGGCACCCUCGUUGCUGCCCGGGUCCCUGUCACCGGUGCCAUCGACCUCGUACCUUCCCCACCCCCACCACCAUUCCCCGCUGUCGCCACCGGCUAUUCAUCACGCCAGCAGCAGCAGUAGCAGUAGCAACUAUCUCCUGUCACCACCGCCCAUGUCCGGCGGCGGAUCUUCCGCGACCAGUCCCGUCCUGACUGGACCCAAGCCGCAGCCACAUCAUCACCAUCAACACCACCACCACCAUCAUCAAGAUCCGCAUGCCAUCAACGCCAUCACGACGACGGCGGCCUCAUCAUCGCUACAAUCAUCAUCAUCAGCCGUGACCACUACCAAGACCGAACCGGAACUAGUGUUAAGUCCAGCGAAACUAGGACAGUAGGUAAAAACUAUACACAUAUAUAGAAAGAGAGAUUUUUUCCUAAAACAAUGCAGACGCAACACACAGAGGGAAGGCAAUUGCAGCAGGAACUGGGGCAAAACGGGCAACGGCGAGUGUUUGAAUAGCUGGAGCUGUUACCAAUCUCAAUGGCGGAACAUUGAUUUUAAAUCUUCCAUUUCAACCUUACGGAAUUUAAUUACCCGAAAUACCCAAAAUUUCAUUAGCAGUGAUUCAAUUGUCUCACCUUCACUCGCGAGCACAGAUCAGACGCUACGUAAAACAUCAAUCACUAUUAUCUUUUUCACUGAGAUCUUUUAAAACACGCACGAAGCAAAAUGAUCAUCGUUCGAUCAAAGCAUUAAUUGUUUGUUUGAGAGAAUUGAGAGAAAAAUGACCAUUUCCUGCUCCCUUAUUCCUGUUUGUGACUUUUUACAUGCAUUGGAGUUCAUCGCUCAUGAAAGUGAGUUCAUUGUAAGUGCUCGUUUGAAAACAUACCAAUGAAAUCGAGAAUACUUUUGUGUUUCUUCGUGUGUUUUUGCAUGCAUUUGAGUUCAUCAAUCAUGUGAGUUCACGCUUUUAAAUCUACCAACGAAAUCGAGAAUAGCUUGAGUGGCUUUGCUCUUAUGUGAGUGUCGCCGAAAAGCGGAGUAGUUUAUUCAUGACGGAUUUAGUGAGCAGUCUAAUCGCUGACUGCGUUGGGAUCACUCACAUUCACUCACGAUCCGUUCUUAGUCGAAGAUUUCAAUGGUUCGGUCGGCACAGAGUAAUUAAUCAGUGCUCAUUGAAUUGAAAUUGACCCUCGGAAAGGUAUCAUUGCCAGUCGGCCAUUUGGUGGCCAUGCUUGUUUUAAAAAAAUAUUUAAGUUUUAAUUCAGAAUGCAUCAACCAAAACAUUUUUUUGAGUUGUUUGUUCAAUUUACUAUUUCUGGAUCCCGCAUGAAAAGAGGUGAUCAACUGAAGCGCUCCUCUCGUGCUACUGAAAGAGUAAUCUAACGUGUAUAGAAAAACAAUGUGUAUAACAAAUCUUCUACCGAGAGCAAGAAUCGAAAAUGAGCAAAUCUCUCUUCUCCCUUUCGUGAGUUGUUGGAGAAAUAAAAAAUCAAUUGAGAAUGAUGGAAAAUUUCAGAAUUUGUUGGUUUUACUAACGCUGCUCUUACAACAUUUAUUAGUUUUUUACUGAAAAAUUGGCGAUAUCCUGUUCAUGAGCAACGGAAACAAAUAGAUUUAUUUUGGGUUUUUUAUUCAGAGUUUUUAUUUAAAUUUUUGAUAAAUUAUUUUUCAAACAUUUCAUUUUAAUAAAAAAAAGUUAUAAUUCAAAAAAAAUCACUUACAUUUUUGCAUUCUUAAAUUAAGCUAAUAAUUUAAAAUAACUUUCUGAUGGAUGAAAAAUAUCAAAAUCAAUGUUCCAACCUUACAAAAGAUUUACUCAAACAUACAGAAGGCCAGCACACCAGCUCAGCAUUGCGAAUUGAAGUAACGCCGGAAAUGAACACCUCCUCUCAGAAAUCAGAGCAAGUCUUUUCUAAUUGAGCAGGUGAAGAAAAUGAAACACUUCUGGCACCCACAGCAGGUGCUCCAGACACAGGCACAUUAUAUAUUUAUAUACAAAAGUAAUAGGAACAAAGAAUAAUAAAAAAACGAGAAGGUCGGAGAAGAACCAAUUUCCUGAAUUUGAGGCCGAUCACUCUAGCUAAAACUUAUUGAAAAUUUGACAAAAUUCUCGAGACGCACGAGCAAACUUUCGUGGGCAGAUGUAGAAAAAAAAAUGUUUUCAAGCAAUUUUAAUUUCCAAGACUAAAUUACAACCUAAUUUUUCAAACAAUUCUUUAUAAGAAACUCAAUACUCAGAAAAUAACAUAAGUUUGUAAAAUCACAGGAUGUUUGAGUUACAAAGUUAGGUUAAUUAUGCAUCUGCCAGGAAAAAGCUCAAUUGAUAAUACCGGAAUCAGACAAUUUAAACAGAAAAAAAACACGAAAACUUCCAAAAAGUCUACUUAACACGUGCUGUCGAACAGAAAAUUAACCAAAAAAAGGAAAUACCAUCAGAAAAGGCACAACAAAGAUUAUGUAAUUAUUUAUCAGCGCAACAAAUAAUGUGAAUGAAAGUAAAAUUAAAAAGAAGAAAAAGAAUAAAACGCAAGAAAUCAACUUGAAACGUCACACACGAAUAAGUCAAAUUAUGCAAAACUUUGUUAGUUGAACCGUUCAAACUAUAUAUAUUUUAAGUGUCCCAAAACUGCAACAACAAAUUACUUUAGCAAACUGUUACCUAAGUUAUAAGCUGCUGUGAGACGAAAAUAAAAUAAUGUUAAUUUUAUGGUAAAGUCGCAUUCGUCAACCUGUUAUCAAGGCAAAAUGUUACUCAAAUACACACACAAACAAAAAACACUGUGAGAGGCAUCUAUAAUAGUAUCGUUGCACAAACUCUCCCUAAAUCCCCUCCCAAAUGCUGCAAAAUGUAUUUAAUAUCAUAUCGAUUUUUCUAGUUAAGUUUGUUUCUAUUUUGAUGGAGUCUAGCAACAACAAAAAACUAAUAAACAAAACAAAUACACGCUGCAAAAACACUGUGGAACGAGAUAAUAAGAAUGUCCAAUAAGAGGCGCAAUAUUAAAUAGACACUAUAUAUUUAUUAGGCCAAACAGAUAACGAAAAAAAGUUAUGCAAAGUAUAUAUCAUUUAAUAAAUUCGUGCAUAUGUGAAAACAAACAAGUUCAGUGAUAAAACACAAUGGUAUUACGAGAGAUCUUUAACAAAAGUAUGUACAUAGAGCAUCGCUUCCAGAGAAAUCAAAAUAAAUUAUUUAAAAAUAUAUAUGCAGUUAUGAGUAAAAUUUAGUUCGAUUUGUUACAUUGUUUUCUAUCAAUUGUUACACAAAGGAACAGAAAGAAAUGAUAUAUCAGAGAUCGCAAAAGAAAGCAGUCAAUCUAACAAACACACACACGUACGGAGAAAGACAGAAAAAAAUAUAAUCAAUCACAAGACACACAACAAUACACAACAUCAACAACUACUAAAACAAAAGUGAAACAAACGAAAAACCCGAAACCAAUGGAAGAAAGAGAGAAAAUAUUUAAAGCAAAACAAACAAACACACGCCAGAAGCGCUUUUUUUUGUAAAACUGUGUGUUUAUUCAUGUAUCAAAGCGAAUGAGAAACCCAAAACAAAACCCAGCAAAAACAAAAGAAGCUAUGUUUCAGCAGAGCAAAACAAUACGAAGCAUACAAUAAGUGAAACCAUGUGUGAGUGUAAGUUGUUUAAUCAUGGAGACAAACAAAAAAGAACAAACUUAAAAUCAAGCGCAAACAACAAAACCAGCAAACCUGUGUAAACCCACAAGCAUGUAUCGAUGGUACUAGUAGCUUACCGUAACCGUUUUAUGUAAAUGGCAAAAGAAACGUGUUAAAUGGACAAAGUGUAAAACAAAAACAAACCAAACAAAUAUGGGGAAACUACGAAGACGACGAGAGGACGAAGAAAUACGAUCAAGAAAACAUUCACACAACAAACCAACACAAGAAUGCCAGUGAUGAAAUGGAAAAACGCGUGGGAAAUUAUACAAGAAAAACAAAACAAAAAUGCACACACACAAACCAACAAAAACUGUACUGAAGAUCAUGUGAGAGCAGAGAGAAAACCAAAACGAAAAAGAAAAUAAACGAAAAAUGGUAAAAAUUAUUGAUAAA